AUGAAAAUUUACAUUUUUCAGUUGUUGGCCAUUCGAAGCCUUUUUUAAAAUUUAUUAAGUGGUUUAGUAUAUUUUGAAUAAAACUCAAAUUAAAAUGCAGGAGAAAUAAGCAAUUAUAUUUUUGAAAUGACACCUUCGACUGAUUUGCCAGCUGAUAUUGAUUUUAGAAUAACUAUGCCUGAAAUGUUAUAUGAUGUUUCGGAUUACUUAAUGGCUUAGUGCGAUAAUAUUCCAAAUGAUAAACAAUAAAUUCUAUAAGGAAAUUUAUUUUGUUUUACUUCUAAAUUAAGUACUUAAAUCAAAUUACGUUUAAAAGAUGUUUAAAAUCCCAAAAAAUCGCUAAUAACGGAUUUAUUUAAAUAUGAUAUUUUGAGAUCUUAAACAAAUACUACAAUUGAACUUGCACAUAAUGUAAUUGGAUUAAAAAUACUGCCCGGAAUAAUAACUUAGGUAAGUUUGAAAUCUUAUUAUUCCUUAUAUGAUUAGUUUUCAGGAUUCUAGAGAUAAUAUAUAUUAAGUUUUAAACCAACAAAUGCUUUUUAAUCUUCUAUGAUAGUGACUGACUUUGAGUCAGUUGAAAAUUGCUAAAUUAUAGGAGGUUUAUUUGAUAAAAGUCUAAAUGAAGAUUCAUUAUGUACAGCUUUUGCGAAUAAUAUUUAUUUGACAAACUUUCAAUAGUAUACAAGAAGUAGAUUCUCUAAUGAAUAUAUUUAAGUUUAUUUUGUAGCAAAAAUAAAGCCUUAUGCUUUCUAAGAAAACGAACUACUUUUCACAGAACCAAUAUCUAUUACAACUUAUUAGACAGAAAAUUUUCUAUAAAUUGUAGAUUAAGAUUCAGUAUCAGUUUCUACAUAAAUUUAAAUUAUAAAACCACGUAUAUAUAUAUAUAUCCCUAUGAAUAAUAAUAUUUCAUUAACUAAUAAUAAUAUGAAUAUAGUUUCUUAAAAUACAAUAGUUUUUACACUUACUUUUACUUUAAUUGAUUUAAAUCCUGCUAUAAGUAGUAGCUAUUAAAAUACAGGAAAAAUAAUAUUCGAAAUUCCAAACGAUUAUUCAGGUGUUCCUAUUUGUACAUUUACAAAAUUCGGUUAAACUCCCAAUACAAAAAUAUAUCCUUGUUAUUUAACUUAUAGUUAAAUAAUUAUAGAUGUAAAUGAUAUUUCAUAUGCUUUUUAAAUGGGAGGCACUGAAAUUAAUCCUUCAACAUUAGCAAUAAAAGGUUUAAUAAACCCUCAAAUUCCAAAUGAUUAUUUAAUAAGGGCAAUUAUGUAUUUUAAUAAUAAUUAAGGGAAUUAAUAUUUAUAUUAUUUAGAUUUCAUACAUAAAGUUACUCCUGUUAUUAUUAAUGUAAAUUAUGGAAUUUUAUCAACUUAAAUAAAUGUCCCGAAUAUUCUUAUUGUAUCUUUUAAUUAUUUAAAUGCUUUAAGUUCUGGAAUUAAAACAGUAGAUGACCCAUUUGUGACUUUUUCUUUUAUUGAUGUACUUAUUGAUAAAGUUAUAGAUGAAAAAUUGGGUUAUAAUUUUUCUGAUAAGGGCAUUAUUGACUGUAUUCCUAUUUCUGGUUUGAAAAAUGCUAUUGGAUAUAAUUUUUAAUGUUCCGUUUUUAACUCAGGAACUGCUUAUACAAUUAUUAGAGUCUAAAAUUAUGAUGAACUUCCUAAAUCGGAUACUCCUCGUACUUUAAGUUUCGGAAUUCCUUUAAUAUAUACAUCUACUAUAAAUUAGAUACCUAAAGCUCAGAUAUUUAUGUAUAUUUCAGAAAAAAAAAUAACAAGAAAAAUCACUCAAUCAGCUGAUUUUGUAUAAAUUGCAACCUCUACUUCUUAUUCUUUGGUACCUGCUGCUAGUAUAAUAGCUGCAUAUACAGGAAGCAUUGUUUUACAAUCUGAAAUAGAAGUUUCUUUUACUAUUAAUAUAUCUAAUAGUAUUGCUGCUGGGGCUUAAAACGGCAUUUAUUUCAGUCUUCCUCUAGGAUUUUCAUUUGCGGAUAACCCAGAGAUUAAAUUAGGGACUAAUUUAAUGGAAUUGAAUAAAAAAGCAUUUAUUUUUAACAGUAUGUAGAGUAUUUUUAUUAAUCCGGGUAUAAUUAUAAAUACUGGGAAUUUAAAAAUAAGCAUAAAUAAAGUAAAAACACCUGAUUUUUAAAGGAUGAAUUUCAGAAGUACACUUUAUACUUCAAAAUCGAAUGUUUAUUUAUAGGAAAUUCCAAUUAAUUUCGAUAAUCCUAGUAUAGGCAUUAUAUAGGAUUUAAAAUUAAUACUAGAUAAUGAUAAAUAAGGCUUUAAAUGGGCAAAAUAUACUUUCUAGUUUAAAAUAACGAUGAAGUUUGUGAAUAUAAUAGACUUUUCUUUCCCAAAUCCAGUUUAUAAACUGAGUGAUUAUUCAGGAAUUAUAGAAUGUAUGAAUUUUGUGAAUUUAAUAGAUUUUGAUCAAGAUAAUAAAAUUUAAUGCACAGUAAAUAAUAAUGUUGUUAUUAUAGACAAGUUCAAAAUAUAAGAUUAUACAGAAUAUGUUUCCUUAACAAUCACUGCGAUUACUAAUCCGAGCUCAAAUUAAAAUAUUAUGGUUACUUUUAGAAACUAAAUAGGCCUAAAUAGUGCUUUUGCAAUCUAAUAGAGUAAUAUUUAGGCUAUUAUUGGGGGUGUAGCACCAUCUCUUAAUUUAAGUUUUGAGAAUAUAAAUUCUCUGCCAAGUAAUAAAGGAAAAGCUGGUAUUUAUUUAUUUGAGGUAAAAACAAGUAAUAUUAUUCCGAAAUAUUCGGCUGUAAAAAUUACUUUUCCAAAUGAAUUUCCUUAAAAUGAUCUGUAUUAAGGAAAUGUUUAAGAUGUUUACUGUGCGGCUAGAUUAGGACUUUUUUUUUUAAAGUCAUGUAACUUAAAUCCUCUUACGAGAGUUCUUAGUUUGGAAACUUAUGAAGAUUCUAUAUUGAAUAUGAAUGUUAUUUUAGAAUACUAUGGAUUGGUUUAGAAUAGUGUUAAUAGAGUAGGAAAUUUCUAAAUCAAAAUUUAUUAUAAAGGAAAUACGGCUACUGAUGUUAUUUAUUCCAACUCGAAUAAUAAAUCUACUACUAUAGAGGCUAAUACGGUCAAUAUGUAAAGCUCUUUGAUGAAUUUUUACCCAUAAAAUGAAGGAGAAAGAGCAUCUUAUGAAUUUACUUUAAAGUUUACGAGUGCUAUUAAUUAGGUUUUGAAAGGCUAAUUCCUGUUUAUUAGUUUUCCAAGUAAUUAUGAUGUUAAUUUGGGGCCAUAUAAAUUAAUUGUCACUUCAAAAGAUUUAGAUGGGGCUUUAUAUUAUAUUUUAUAUAGAAGAGUGUUAAAAAUAGGUGGAUUUUACUCUAAAAAUUUGAUUAAUAAUGAAAUAAAAUUGAAGAUUUUCGGAAUAGUAAAUCCUAAUAGAAAAAUAAGCACUUCUCUAUAAAACGAGGUUUUUUAAACAGGAUUACUAGACAUAGAUGGUUAUAAAUUAAUCCAAGCUUCAAAUUCUAUCAAAAACAUAGUCUCUUUUCUAGCUCCGGAAAAUAUCAAUUUAAUUUCAUUAAAAAGCUCCACUGAGUACUCAAGGCAGUAAAUUAGCUCAUAUAGCUUUGUAAUUGAACCAGAAUAGAGUGUAUUAGAUAAUACUUACGGGGGAUAGCUUUAUAUUGAUUUUCCUUAAGAUUUUACCGUGGAUUAUUAUGAUGGAAAAUGUACGAUUAAUUAAAAGUUUUCUUUUUUUGCAAAUUGUAAAAUGGAAGAUGAAAACUUGAGGUUUUUUAUAUAAACGAAUAAUAAAGAAUGGUAAAGUCAUAAAGACGGCUAUAUUACAGCCACUAUAUAAAAUGUACGUUCUCCCGAUAUAUAGGGUUAGACUAAAGAUUUCAUAGUAUACAAUUAUGAUAGUUUGAAUAAAAUAAUACUGGGAAGAACUUAUAAUAAUUUGAAAAUAGCCUGCAUUACAACUACUUAUGAGGGAAAAUUAAUUGAUGUAAAUAAUAAUUUACCUUAUGAUUUAGAAGUAGGCUCAUUUAGUGAUUCUAUUAUUAUAAAUUUUAAUAUACCGGAAGAUCCCAAUCAUAAAGCGAAAACUACACUCACUUUAACUCCUAAUGUGUUGGAUUCUUCCAUUUUAAUAAGACCUACUCCUGUCGUAAUUAAAUAUAAGUAAUAAAAAGUGACUUUUAAAAUAGCAGCUCCGAGAACUAUAUUAUUGAAAUCAUUUUUUAUUACUUGGUCAAAAACAGGAGAUACUUACCCGCCUACUUAUGCGGAUUUAAAAAUGACAGAAAUUCGGAUGGUUAAAGGAACUUUAAAAAGACACGUCAGACUUGAAAAAAUGGAAUAUAUUCGAAGGGAUGGAUAAAGUUAUCCUCUGAUGGUAAGAAUACCAAAUCCACCUUAUUAAGAACUUAUUGUCAAAGUUAGUCUUAUUUAGAAUAUUUUUGAUGGUACUACACUUUUUAAUGAGAAUUUAUCGGCUUCUUUAAAUGUGGCGAAAGUUUCUUUUGAUAAAGAUUAAGAACAUUAAUCAUAUACUGUGUAUUUUAAAUAAUAAUUAAGUGAUCCAAAUGUGAAAGUAUAUCAUUUAUUAGACGGAUUUGAUAAAGAUUCGUUUGAGUUAUUUGUUUAUAAUGUAGAUGAUGAGGAUGAUCCUACUUUAGAUAAACUUUACAAAGACGAAAAUAAUUGCAUUGAAAUAAGAAAUGACCCAGCGGAUUAUACGCCGCCUUAAUUUUUAGAUUAAAAUCCCGAAAUAAGUCAAAUUACACGCUCAUCGGUGAAACUAACUAUAAAGGGGAGCUAAAAAGGCUUUCUUUUUUUUAUUAUUGCGAAUUAACGUAUUCCUAUUCCAACUUUUUUAGAUGUGAAAAAUUAAAAAUUUAACUACACUCUUUCCUUUAGUAAUCCUUUGUUUGGAAUUAAUUAUAUCCGAAGGACUGAUAAAAAAGCCACUUUUUUAAUUUACGAUUUAAAACCGGAUAUUGAUUAUGAAAUUUAUAUGUUUAUAAUGAAUAUGAAUAAUAUAGAAAAUAAAACUUACAAAAAAAUCGCUUUUAGGACUUUAGCUCCUUAAUAAAUAGCCUAAUUUACUUUAAAACUAUUCUAAUAGGCAAUUCUAUAUGAAGUAAAAAAAGAAUAUAUAGCAAAAAUGGCUGAAAUGGUAUCAAUUGAAAAAGCAAGAAUUAUUGAACGAGAAACGAAGUGUAAAGAUGCCAAUUUAGAUGUUUCAGAUGACUUAAAUAUACUCUAUUGGAAUUUACUUUUAUUACCAGAUCCUAUAAACGAAGACCCGGAACUUACUCCUAUUAGAAUUGUGGAGCUUUUAAAUACUAGGAGGACCGAAAUAAGGACUUUUAUUCCAAGAUUAGAUACUGAAUAAUUUAUUACAAUGAAAAAUAUGAGCUAGAAUAUUCCAUCGUUUGUCCAAUAACCGAAAAUGCUAAAUAGAACUAUAAGUUAAGUUUCAAUUUAGUUUUCACUUACGGAAUGUGGAAGUGUUUAUGUUAUUGGAAUUCCCAAAAUCGGAAGUGAGAAUUCUACUAUUAUUAGCGAAAGUAAAGUUAUUUUAAAUGAUUUACCGAAUAGUAUUUAUCCAACUUCUUUUUAGAUUAUUUAAAAACUUAAUUAGAAUAAUUUACCUGUGUAGAUUUAGGGAAGUAGUUAUGUAGAUAAAAAAGGGAAAUACUUUAAUUUGACUUUUGAUGGACUUAAAGAUAGAUUAGUUUAUGACUUUUAUGUUACUGCUUAAAAUGAUUUUCCUAGUUUAAAUGUUAAUAUGCCUGAUUAAUAGGUUACUAGAUGUACUAUUAAAACCAUUAAGAAGAAAUGUAAUUAAUAUAAUUUUAUUUAUUAUUUUUUUGGUUUUUUUUUUUUGUUUUAGAUUUUUUUUUUAAAAAUAUUUUAUUUUUUUAUUUUAUUUUUAGAACCUUUAAAUAUAUAUAGUAUUAAGAAUAAAGGAAAUUUAAUAGUUUCUUAUGUUUAUUUAGUUUUUCAAAUAUACUUUUUGUUUUUAUGA